AUGAUCCUGACUCUGACCCUAACCCUGACACUGACCCUGACCCAAAUGUUAAACGUAUCCUUACACCUACACUCACCCCUACCUAGACACUACCUUCACACAGACCUUGAUACUGACACUGACCCUGACCCAGACACUGACUGGGACCAUAAAACUAACCUUAACUAUGCCCCUGAUCAUGACCCUGACCCUAACCCUAACCCUACCCCUACUCCUACCACUACCCCUAUGCCUUCCCCUGACUCUGACCCUGACCCUGACCCAGAACCUGACCCUAAACCUGACCCUUACCCUGACCCUGAACCUGGCCCCGACCCUACCCCUAAACCUAUACCUACCCCUACCCCUAAACCUACUCCUGACCCCAACAACACUGACCCUGAAGCUAAUGCUAACCCUAAUGCUACACAUAACCCUACCACUACCCCUACACAUACCCCUGACACUGAUCCUAAUCUUAAUCCUAACCUUAACCCUACCCAUAACCCUACCCCUACACUGACCCCUACACAUACCCCUAUACCUGACCCCACUCCUGACCAUGAACCUGACCCUGAUGCUGACCCUAACUGUAAUGCUAACCCUGACCCAAAACCUAACUGUACACCUACAUCUACCCAUACUCCUGACCCUGAACCUUACACUGACACUGACCCUGACCCAGACCCUAACCCUAACCCUAACCCUAACCCUAACCCUACUCCUACCAUUACACCUAACCCUAUGCCUAACCCUGACCAUGACUCUGACCCCGACCUGGACCUUAACCCUAAAACUAGCCCUACUCCUACCCCUGACCCUGACACUGACCGUGACCCUAACCAAACCCUAACCCUAACCCUACAUCUACCCCUACUCUGA